AUGUCUGUGAAAUGGGCAUCGGUCUUCGUGCUGCUGCAUCUGAUGGGCUUGCUUAGGCGGGGGGCUUGUGGGAAAGUGCUGGUGUGGCCCACAGAAUACAGCCACUGGAUUAACAUAAAGAUAAUUUUGGAGGAACUUGUCCACAGAGGUCAUGAGGUGACAGUUCUCACAUCUUCAGCUUCCGUUCUCAUUGAUCCCAGCCAACCAUCUGCUAUUAAAUUUGAGGUUUAUUCUAUAUCCAUGACUAAGGAGGAGGUGGAAGCUUUUUAUAUGUCUUUGAUCAGUGAAUGGAUGAAUCAUUUUAAAAAAAACUCAUUUUGGCCAAAUUAUUCAAAACUAAAACAGCGCUUUGAUGAGCAUACUGAUUUUGUUAGGAACCUGUGCAGAGGAGUGGUUUUGAACAAGAGUCUCAUGGAGAAGCUACGAGCAUCUAAGUUUGAUGUGGUUCUCGCAGAUGCCGUUAGUCUCUGUGGUGAGCUGCUGGCCGAGCUCCUUAACACAUCCUUAGUGUACACGCUGCGCUUCACUCCUGGGUACACGUAUGAAAAGUACAGCGCGGGCCUUCCAUUCCCUCCGUCCUACGUCCCUGUUGUUCUGUCAGAAUUGAGUGAUCAGAUGACAUUCAUGGAGCGGGUGAAGAACAUGAUUCAUGUUCUGUAUUUUGACUUUUACUUCUACACAUCAGAUGAGAAGAAGUGGAAUCAGUUUUACAGUGAAGUCCUGGGAAGACCCAGGACAAUAGUUGAGUUAAUGAAUAAAGCAGACAUAUGGCUCAUUCGGAUGUACUGGGAUUUGGAAUUUCCUCGUCCACUCUUGCCCAAUGUUGAUUUUAUUGGAGGACUCCAUUGCAAACCUGCCAAACCUCUGCCGAAGGAAAUGGAAGACUUUGUCCAGAGCUCUGGGGAGCAUGGCAUUGUGGUCUUUUCUCUGGGGUCAAUGGUUUACAACUUGACAGAAGAAAAGGCCAACAUGAUCGCAUCAGCCCUGGCACAGAUCCCACAGAAGGUUGUGUGGAGAUUUGAUGGCAAGAAACCAGACACCUUAGGCUCCAAUACUCGGCUCUACAAGUGGAUCCCCCAGAACGACCUUCUUGGUCAUCCCAAAACAAAAGCUUUUCUAGCUCACGGUGGCACCAAUGGUCUCUACGAGGCAAUCUACCAUGGCAUCCCAGUGGUUGGCAUUCCUCUGUUUGCGGAUCAGCCUGAUAACAUUGCUCACAUGACUUCCAAAGGAGCAGCUGUUAGAGUGGACUUCUCCACGUUGUCCAGUGCUGAUCUCCUCUCUGCCCUGAGGACAGUCCUGAAUGACCCAUCCUACAAGGAGAACGCCAUGAGGUUAUCCAGAAUCCACCACGACCAGCCGGUGAAGCCCCUGGACCGCGCCGUCUUCUGGAUCGAGUUUGUCAUGCGCCACAAGGGGGCCAAGCACCUCCGCCCAGCCCUGCAUGACCUCUCCUGGUUCCAGUACCACUCGCUGGAUGUGCUCGGCUUCCUGCUGGCCUGUGUGCUGUCUGUGGUAUUUGUCAUCACUAAGUGUUGUCUGCUCUGUUGUGGGAAGUUUGGGAAAGCUGGAAAGAAGGAGAAAAGGGCGUAG